AGAGAUAGCUAAUAAAUCAGCAGGAAAAAUGUAUCAAAAACAUAUUGGAUAGAAGCUUAAACAAUUCACAUCUCAAAUAAAACGGUGGAAGACAUGUUAUAGAACUUCCUGGAGCAAUGACGACAGCCAUAAAGAGAAAUAAAGUGCCUCUUGCUCGGCUUUCCUCUCCCACUGCCACCACAUCCACACGCCACCGCAUUCCAGAAAGAAAGAAAAGGCCACGAGUUCGUGAGCGCCGAGAGCCCCCGGACGCCGAGCUCCUCGGGAUUGCAAGGAGAAGCGGCCCCUCUACCACGGCCAUCCCAGUUCAUAGCUGCCAACGUACCCGGCUUCUUGGGCUUCGGAUUAAUGUGGAUCUUCCACAGAAACGGUUUACGGAUGAAGUAAAAGCCCUUUAGAGCAGUACUUCCUUUCAAGUUGUCCACUGUCGCGGCGGCAAUGUUUCUGGGUGUCGUGGCCUCAUCCCUGCUGGCAUUUGUCUGAAAUGGAGCUGUCUGUCUAACCUAGGCCUGGACGCGCCCUGCCCGGAACUGGGAGGUUGCCCGAGGAGCCCAGCUGAGUUUCAAGAUAUAAAAGCAACUUCGGGUGCCCCCUUUCCAGCCGGGACGUCUUAAAGGGCUCGGAGCCGGGCAGCUCCCCGCGCCGCAGCGCCUGCUUCCCCUUCGCUCCUCUCUGGCCCUCCCUCCUCCCGCCCCCUCGCUCCCUCCCCCAGCGCGCUCCAGCCUCCGAUCUCCAGUAGCUCCGAGACAGCUUUCCAGGAUUAUGGAGUUUCUGAGCGAGAAGUUUGCCCUCAAGAGCCCACCGAGUAAAAACAGUAACUUUUACAUGGGCGCAGGAGGCGCGUUGGAGCACGUUAUGGAGACGCUGGACAAUGAGUCCUUUUACAGCAAAGCGUCGGCGGGCAAAUGCGUGCAGGCCUUCGGGCCCCUGCCCCGCGCCGAGCAUCACGUGCGCCUGGAGAGGACCUCGCCCUGUCAGGACGGCAGCGUGAACUAUGGGAUCACCAAAGUAGAAGGACAGCAGCCUCUUCACACCGAACUAAAUAGAGCUAUGGACAACUGUAACAGUCUCCGGAUGUCUCCCGUGAAAGGGAUGCCAGAGAAGGGAGAACUGGAUGAACUUGGGGAUAAAUGUGACAGCAACGUAUCCAGCAGUAAGAAACGGAGACACCGAACCACCUUUACCAGCUUGCAGCUGGAGGAGCUGGAAAAGGUCUUUCAGAAAACCCAUUACCCGGAUGUAUACGUCAGAGAACAGCUUGCUCUGAGGACUGAGCUGACUGAGGCCAGGGUCCAGGUUUGGUUUCAAAAUCGAAGGGCCAAGUGGAGAAAAAGAGAACGUUAUGGCCAAAUCCAGCAAGCUAAAAGCCAUUUUGCUGCCACCUAUGACAUAUCAGUUUUGCCAAGGACUGACAGCUAUCCACAGAUUCAGAACAAUUUGUGGGCAGGAAAUGCGAGUGGUGGUUCUGUGGUCACUUCAUGCAUGUUACCACGUGACACUUCCUCCUGUAUGACACCUUACUCUCACUCGCCUCGGACAGAUUCCAGUUACACAGGGUUUUCAAACCACCAGAACCAGUUCAGCCACGUGCCCCUCAACAAUUUUUUCACUGACUCUCUUCUUACCGGGGCUACCAAUGGACAUGCAUUUGAAACAAAGCCAGAGUUUGAAAGGAGGUCCUCCAGUAUCGCAGUUCUUCGAAUGAAAGCCAAGGAGCACACUGCCAAUAUUUCAUGGGCCAUGUAACAUACAGUACUCUUUUCUUUUUCUCUUAAUGGCAAAGUAAAACAUUCUUAUUUCUCAUAUUUAAAGGAUACCACAAUAAGCUGCUGUGUGUGGAAUUGCUAAAGGUCAAGAUAUACAGUGAGACCAGCUUAAAUGAAUAGUUGUUAUUAUUUAACAUUAAAAUCUAAGAAUGAACCUCUGAAAAGACUAAAUAGGUUUACCAUGCAUCUGUCUCCACAAACUCUGUUUUAGUAGUAAGAUUUUUUUUCUAUUGUACGAGUCAAUGAAAUAUGAUCAUGCAGCUUCUGAAAAGAA